GGUUGGAGACUGCGAGCAAUGAGAUUGAAGGAUUCAAAUAUAUUUAAGAUUAAAAAGUAUGUCAAAGUUCAUUCAUGUUCUCUUGACGUUUUGAAUCGUGACCAUAGGCAAGCAAAAUCUUGGGUUGUUGGAGAAUUAAUAAAGUCAAAGUUCAAGGGAGUCGGUCGUCUAUACAAACCACGUGAUAUCAUAGAAGACAUGAGGCAAGACUAUGGCAUAAAUAUGAGUUAUGAAAAAGCAUGGCGCGCUAGAGAAAAUGCGUAUGAACGAGUGCGCGGGUGUCCUGAAGAGUCAUAUAAUCUAUUGCUUAGAUAUGGUGAAGCUCUCAAACUUGCAAAUGUAGGUACAAUAUUUCACAUGGAACUUGAAGAUGAUCGUUUCUUCAAAUAUCUUUUUAUGGCUGUUGGUCCAUGUGUUCGAGGAUUCUUAAACUGCAUUAGACCGGUUAUAGUCAUGGAUGGAACAUUCCUUAAGAACAAAUAUCGGGGUCAGUUGAUAGUUGCUGUUUGCUUGGAUGGUAACAAUCAAAUUUAUCCUCUUGCCUUUGGAGUGGUGGACAGAGAAACAGAUGCUUCAAUACAGUGGUUCUUAGAGAAAUUGAAAGGUGCAAUAGGAGAGGUGCCUAAUCUAGGCUUCGUGACAGAUCGAAAAACAUGUUUUUCUAAGUGUAUUGCAUCGGUUUUUCCCUCCGCAUUCCAUGGACUUUGUGUCCAACACUUGACUCAAAAUUUGAAUGAUAAAUACAAGAAUGACACUAUAGCUACUUUGUUUUACAAUGCAUCUAGAACAUAUCGUGAAUCAACGUUCUCAGAAGCGUGGAGAAGUAUUCUUGCAUUUCCUAAUGAUUCAGGAAAAUAUUUAAACGAUGUUGGAAUAACACGUUGGUCUCGUUUUCACUGUCCAGGAAGACGAUAUAAUAUGAUGACAACAAAUAUAGCAGAGUCCAUGAAUUCUAUACUGAAAGAACCUAGAGAUUUGCCUAUUGCUUCAUUCCUUGAACAUGUUCGAGCUUUGCUACAACGUUGGUUUUGGGAGCGUCGAGAAGAAGGCAUUAAAGUGACGUCUACAUUGACUAAAUGGGCAGAGUUAGUUCUACAAAAGAAACAAGAACGAGCUUUGACAAUGAAAGUCAACCCAAUUGAUUGUUACCAAUUCCAUGUUAAAGAUUUAGAUAAAGAGGAGGUCAUAAAUCUUCAUACUCAAGAGUGCACUUGUAAGGAGUUUCAAGCUGAGCAACUACCAUGCGCACAUGCCAUUGCUGUUGCACGGGAUCGCAAUAUAAAUGUUUAUAGCUUAUGUGCUAACUAUUACACUAAUGAAUGUUUGUUGGCAGCAUAUUCGGAGGCCGUCUACCUAGUUGGGAAUCAGUCGGAAUGGAAGACAACUGAAGAAUAUGUACAUAUGACUGUCUUACCUCCGAAAGUAGUCAAAAGAGUUGGGGCGACCGAAGAAAAAGAGGAUUCCAAGUGUCGGUGAAGCACCAAAAUUGCAUAAAUGUGGUCGAUGUAAAGAAACAGGCCACAAUAGAUUAACGUGUACCAAUCCAAUUUCAUACAUUCAGAAGUCGAGCAUACAAGAUUAGUACCCGUCUUGGUGGAAGAUGCUUAUAAAAUUGUGUCCUGUGUUGUUUGCAAGAUCACUAAAGUCAUCUCACUGACAAUUCUAAGUUGAAGACUUUUCUUCUGCAACUUCAAGACUUUCCUUCUCUUUUUAUUUAUCCUACUGUGAACUGUUUAUAGAAUAUUUACUCCUUUGGCAUUUCAAGCUUUUUGAGAAAGACUUGAAAUCCUAUUAUGACAAUAUUGUGUGCUUUAGAACUCAAUAAAUGCUCUCCUUUUGCUACUGCAGUAUUAAUGAUGCAAAUCUUGCUGAUUACUUUUAGUUUUUA